GAUGUUCUCAUUAGUGAUGGUGGUGAUGGCGCUGGCCGCGUCCGCUAGCGCAGGCCCGGCCCGUGAGCGGCCACUGAAGCAGUGUCCAGAGGGAUUCGAAGCCGUGGUGGUGGAUGGGAAACAGGACUGCGUCUGCGCCGAUUACCACGUCUACUGGCCGAACACGGGGCUCUGCUACCCGGAGUUCACCCUGGGGCCUUGUAACCCCGGCCAACAGUUAGCGGCUAACGCAUCAGGUCACGCUGAAUGCAGAUGUCCCGGAUUCUGGGCGAUGUGGACAGAUGGCGCCUGCUACCAAGAGUACACACAAGGGCCCUGCGCCGUCGGAGAGCUGUACAUGGGGCGUGGUCCGGGCACCGAUGGAUUCUGCUCCUGCUCGGCCGAGUUCGUCAUGCAUUUCUACCCGGCCGACGGCCUGUGCUAUCCGCUCUACGAGCAAGGGCCGUGCCCCAAGGGCCAUCUGCUUAAAUUCGACUACCGCACGCUGCAGCCCGUCUGCGAAUGCCGGGAUGGCUAUAUGCUGGAGGAAGAUGGCACUUGCUAUCCUCUCAACACCGCCGGACCCUGCGACCAGACCGCUUGCAACGAAGGCAUUAAUUGCUACUUGCGCAAUCUCGACACACUCAAGACCGAGUGCAAGUGUCUGCCGGGAAAUGUCACCACCGCCGACGGUCAUUGCUACGAGCCGUACUCGAGAGGGCCCUGUCAACUCGGAGAUUGGCUCGUGUUCUCCCAGCCAGGCGUCGCUGUCUGUCAACGCAAGGAGCAGUGCGCGCGGUUCGACAACUGGUUCUACUGGACCGCUGACGAGCGGUGUUACCGCCAGUAUUCUCGCGGUCCAUGUCCCCUUGGCCAGCUCUUCUAUCUGGACACCAACACGGGUAUAUCCGGCUGCCACUGCCGCAAGGAAUGGACGCCGUAUUACUGGAAUGACGACAAUUUAUGCUACGAACAACAUUCCAUCGGGCCAUGUCCCGUUGGCAUGUAUUUCAGCUUCAAUAAGACAUCCGGCCACACCGAAUGCAACUGCUUCACCUCUCACGUGCUGCACGAAGAUUCGAAAACGUGCUACGAACGCCUGACAGCCGGGCCGUGCCCUGACGGCCAGCUGGUGGUGGAGAACCCCCAAACCGGGCGAAUGACAUGCGACUGUCACGCCGAUAUGACAACUCACUUCUGGGAGAGCGACGGCAAGUGCUAUCAACAUUUCCUGCAGGGGCCGUGCCCUCAGGGCCAGACCUUCAGGCUCGACAGGGCCACGGGCGUGCCUACCUGCAUAACCUGGGGGUAGAUUUACCCCUCUCCUGCAAUUCGUAUCCUCAGUACCUUUAUUUUCACUAGUAGCACCGCUACAUUGACACCACACUGACGCUACACUGACACCACACUGACGCCACACUGACGCCACACUGACACCACACUGACGCCAUCUUAUAUGUUGGUACCUCCCCAAACAUUACCUGUAAAUAAACUGUUGUCAAGUGCUCCAGUACCACUUCUAUGCACUCAAAAACGUAUUACAAACACGCCCACACACACACACACACACACGCCCACACACACACACACACACACACACACGCCCACACACGCCUACACACACACACAUACACGCUCGUACACACUCAAAAAUAUCUGGUGCGCUAUUAGUUAUUAGGUUCCUAUUGAUUUGCUUCGAUUGAUGGUACAAGGUGUUAGAUGUGUACAUAUUUGUAUAGCGUUAGUUGGGCGUCGAACCCCCCCUGGCCUGACGCCAGCGGCCUCGAACAUCUAGAGCCAUAAAUUAGAAUGCGUAUUGGAACCCGCGACGCGGUUCCCCAAUAUGUACGAAUGGUCGAAACUUAAAAUAGUUUUGCUUCCUCUUUCCCGUUUUCUUUUCCAUGUGAGUGAUCAGCUGGUGGAACCAUGUUGAUAGUGUUUUGUUUUUAUUUCGUACGUUACAAAUUGCCCAUUUACAGUUGCAUAUUUGGUUUAUGUAAACACAGUUCUGUAGUAAACGUAUCAUGCCUGAAAAAGACAGAAUUGCUUAACAUAAAAUAUGGUUUUCUUUUUUAAAAAAUCAAAUAUCUCUUAUAGGGUAACUACUUUCUUGAAUUUUGGUGCAUUACUUUCUUGCCUUUGGGCAUGAUACUUUCCAAGUGUUCAACCUUUCAAAAGAGUUACCUUUCUCCUGAAAGUUUUUCAACUUAUUCAUAUCUAUAAUUUAUAGAUUUUAGAGCUAUACUUAAUAGAUAGCUAGGCAGCAUAUACAGCUACACUGUAUUGGCAUGCAUUCCAAGGGUUCGUAAGUUCAUUGUUCAGUCCAUAAACCCAGGUGAAUAAAAACGUUCCAAGCACAAGCUGAAGUGAUAUUAGGGCCUAUAAAUUACUCUUAUCAUUUCCCUGUGGAAAAUAACAUUCGGAAGUAAACUCAAGUGUAUUAAAAUAACUAGGCCUGCUGCAUAUAGGCUCAAAUGUUCUCAAACAAGUCCAAAAAUUGUAAAUAAGAGUCGUCAUUAAGCUAGCAGGAAGGAAAAGUCCAAUGUGUUAUUGGAGGAAAAAAGUCCAAUAUAUCACAUCAUUAAAAUAUAGAUGAAGAAUUUGCCCAUCGAAAAAAAACUUGUAUGUGAGAAUUUACCUUGUUAUUUACAUAUAUUCUUUUACCUAAUUGUCAGUAUUAAUAUAUUAUUUGUGUAAUAUGUUGGUUGAGGCAAAACCUGACCCGAUAUUUCGAAUAUUUUAUGCUAAAUUAUUAGGUAAUAUAAUGUAUCAAUUAUGUAACAUUUUCAUCGACAUUUAGAUAGAAUUAUCAAGCAUUUAUGUAAUAUUGUUCAACAUAUAAUAAUUUCUUGUCAUCACUUUAAAGUUAUUCAAUUUAUAUUUAAAAUUGUUUAAUGAUUCCGAUUUACUGUAAAAUUAUUAACAUUUAUUACUCUAAUAUUCAGUAUUGAAUCAUUUUUUAUAGUAAAAAAUGACUAGGUUACCAUCUAGAGUCCUAUUCAAACAUGCAAGUUUCCUUAAACUCCAAAAUUUGGAAAAGGGUUAUUUCUAAAUAAGUAAACUCAACUCAAAGUUUACUCGAUCAUGCAACACCUGACUAAGAAUCACUUCCAAAGGUGCAACAUCCUAGCAUGUCAUUACCAAAUGUGUAACAUUGAACUAAAUAAUCAAUCCCCAAUCAUGUAGUAUCCGGACCAAAUCACUUCCGAACAUGAAACACCCAGCCAGAAACACUUCCAUAUACAUUCAACACUCGACUACAGCCACACUCUCAAACAUGCAACAGCGAAUGUUUAGAUCUUCACUAGAAGACUGAUCCUCUUGUGUAUUACCACCAUUUGGUGACUUCAGGAGCCUUCGAUUUACGCUCUUCUUUCCUCUCCGACAAUCGCAACUCGAGUCGUAACUCAAGUUAUUGUCGUCUCUGUCCCGUAGAGCUUCAAGUUACCUCAAGUCAGCGAUCUUCUCCUUAAAUUGAUCGAUAACUUGUUUACUCUCUCACCAUGUUUAUAGUUCUCUGUAUUUAACGUCCUUCGUUGAAACGUUUUCUUUGAUUGAUCGAGAUUCAGGCAGCCAGGAGGUGGCACGGGCAUGAAUAACCCGUAAAGAUUAUCUUUCCGAGUUCGACCUGUUUGGGAGAUGAAAUGGGUGUUUAUUUUAGUUUUUCUUUUGCUGUGAUUAUGAGAGCGCAGCUGACAGCCACUGAGAGGCUUAUUAGAUGUUUAUUCGGCUUUUGUAUAAUAAUGUUAAUUAACGUUUAUAGUUAGAGUAAUUUAGCAUUUGUGUUUAUUCUGUGGAAUUGAUGUUGAAUCGUUAAGAUAUUAUUGUGCAGGAUUAUUUAACAAUAAUUAUUUAGUGUGUAACAUAGGUUUAUUUUAAUAAUAUUUCCAUAAUUAUUUUUUUGGUUUAAAUUUGUAAUGGUAUAAGCAAUCAAAAAUUAAACUUCUUGUUAAUUAAAAUACAUCAUAAUAUAGCGAAAUUUUUAACAAUUUUUUGUAGUUUUAGUGUUGAGAAAAUACUAUUUAUAGCGGUGAUAACUUAUUUGUUUUAACAUAACUUUCAAAGUAGUGUAAAUUAGGGAGAGACAGGAGACGGGGCAUGACCAGACCAACUCGGUCACGUCGAAGUUACAUUUUUCUCAAUAAAUGAUGCUUGUGACUUCUUUUAAACCUCUUUGGUUGGGGGAAAACACUUGCCUUCACAUCCACUUGUAGACGAACUUGUCAUAUAACAGAGGAAAUAUGUAAUAUGAAUCUGCAUAAUACACAAAAGACACAACCACACUCAACUCAGCCUCAUCCUGCAUGAUACAUCGUAUUAUAAACAUUCACAUAUGGCAAGUACAUACAUAAGACAACAUGCAGAAAGACUUAACAUAGACACAAUAUGCAACACAGACAUACUGUGUUUUUAGUUGAGUCAGCCCUUGCAAUAUCUUACAGUGCAAAACUUUGACAAAUAAUUUGUGUAUAUACUAAAUUGUCGCAAUGUCCUGUUGACACAGUUUGUCAACAGGACAUGUGUCAAAGCUGUGUCAGUGUCAGUGAUGAUGGAUAGCUUGAACAACGGACCAACAGCGGUAGCAAUCGCUAUGUAACAACGGUUCAACAGGGCUCUCAAUUGUAUCGUAGUAACCGCCUGACCCAAGGCUUUAUAAAUUUGUAUGUGUAUGGGCAAUUUGUAUGUAUUAAAAAAGCCAUAUAUAUAUAUAUAUAUAUAUAUAUAUAUAUAUAUAUACCUCUACCUGAGGUUUCAGACUAUUCUUGUUCGUGAUUUCAAAGUUGGUUCUGGUGUUAUCAGACAUUUUUUCGUUAAUUUUUUUUUUUUACUGAUUUAUGGAAUAACUAAAUUAUUUAAACUAUUUCAUGUGAUGUGUUUUAAAUUUUUUUGUUUUGCUUGUGCAAUUUGCCAGAUUAUGGCAACUUAUUUGCAAUACUUGUUCACAUUCCGUCCUCAAUCAUUUUUGGCUGUUUGAUGAGAUAAUGUUAAUUUUCCGCUCCUCAUAUCAUGUUUUAUAUAUUUAUAUAAGAAUGAAUGUGUGUGUAUGGACAUAUAUGCGGAUUUUUAUCGGGUUGGGGGGACAGGGGAAUGAUGAUGAGUUUGUUUAAACAUAUACACAGUGCAAGAAACCUUGAUAUACAAGAGCAAUGAUAGUUGAAUAUGUGUAUGUACGCGUGGGAAUGUAUAUAUGUAUUUUGGAUGUCUGUAUAUGUGUGUGCAUGCCUGUAUGAACGUAUUGGAUGUUGUAUUUCGAGAAGCGAAUGAAGCUUGUUCCAUAUUCCCGACCGAAGUGGUUUCAUAUUCACUAUAGGCAAAGCUUCUUCUAAAUAACCGAGGCUUCUUUUUUGUUAUGGGGGAUGCAAAGAAUCAGAACAGCUUCAAGCUAUUGGGCUUCCUUGAGACUUUCUCAACGCCAUAUGAACAAACUUGGAAUAUAAAAUAUUAUUUUUUUUUAUUAAUCUUGAUAUUGUUAUUCAGAGAAUUUCAAAAUAAAAAUGGACAUUA